AUGGCCGACGCGCGCGCCCUACUCAAAGCCAAACGAGCCGAAGUCCGUAUAACACACCCUUACGCAGCAUAUACAUCCUCUGGCCAACUUCGUUGCACGAUAUGCAAUACGUCGAUCAAACAUGCCAGCGCUUGGGAAGGGCAUCUGGGCUCCAAGGGCCAUAGGACGAAUGUCAUGAAGGCGAAAGAAGCGGAGAGGAGGAAGGCGGCUGAAGAGGAAGAAAUGCGGAGGAGAGAGGAGGAGGAAAGGGAUGGAGCUAGGUUGGGGGACAAGAGGAGAGCGGAAGAUGAUGAUGGCGAGGAAGAUGAGCAGCAAGCGAAGAGGAUGCGCACGAACUCGCCACCAGCAGCGCAGGCGGACGGAGGGUUUCCGACGGAUUUCUUCUCGGAUCCCACGCGUACACUACCCGAAAGGGACGAAGGAGAGGAUGGAGAUGAGGAUGCGGAGAUGGCUGAUGGUACUACUCCCACGGCACCGGCGAGCGCGCCACAGCCUAAGAGCGUACUGGACGACGAAUGGGCCGCUUUCCAACAAACCGUACUUCAACCCUCAGCCCAACCAGACCCCGCACAAAGUCAACAAGAAGCCUUCGCACGUGCCACUGUCUUCGCCGAACCGCAACUGAUCACAAAUGGUGCCACAUCGGGCUUCCCCGCUGAGCCUGAGCCCGAACCCGAGCUCACGGAGGAGCAGAGGGCCGAGCAGGAGAGGCGGAGAAAGGAAGUGGAGGACCGCGAGCUUAUCAUGGACAGGUUGUUGGAGGAGGAGAGAGCUCAGGAGGAGGCAGACGAGCGGGUCAGCGCGUUGAAGGGCCGGCUCGAGAUGUUGAAGAGGCAGAGGGAGGCUAAGAAAGGAAAGAAGGCAGCGAAAUGA